AUGUCACGUCAUGACACUACACAAGCGCCUUCUAAAGCAAGCUUAGUUGCCUGGUGGAAACAGUUCAAGAAUGGGAAAGGAGAUAAAGACGGAAAAGGAAAAGGUAAUCGGAAUAUAUUCGGUGUUGAUCUCAAGGAAGGUAUAAGAUAUGCGAGGGUUCCUAUAUGUCUUGCCGGACCUAAUGGAAAGCAGCCAGUAUGUGGGUACAUACCCACAAUCGUCGCCAAAUGUGGGAUGUAUCUAAAAGACCAGGGUGAAUAUGAUUACUUCUUGCCUACAACGACGACAGAGGGCAUAUUUCGCUUAAACGGAUCUGCAAAAAGGAUAAAAGAAUUGCAAACAAUUUUCGAUUCACCUCCAACAUAUGGAAAAACUUUAACAUGGACAGGAUAUUCCGUCCAUGAUGCUGCAAAUGUACUGCGAAGAUAUCUAAAUCAUUUGCCAAACCCAGUUAUUCCACUUAAUUGGUAUGAUGCGUUUCGGGAGGUUCACAUUACCUAUAAAGAUUCGCAUAGUCGAGUGGAACAUUACAUAAAGUUGAUUCAAAAACUACCAAAAGAAAAUCAGCAAUUACUCCUUUAUAUUCUUGACCUACUCGCAGUUUUUUCAUCAAAAUCGACACAAAAUUUGAUGCCAUCAAAAAACUUGGCUUCAAUAUUCCAACCUGGAAUCCUCUCACAUCCUGCUCACGAUAUGGCCCCUGAACAAUACAAAUUAUCACAGGAGGUGCUGGAAUUUUUAAUAGAUUAUCAGAAUUAUUUUUUGCCAGGCGGUGAAGCUUUAAAUGAGAAAGAUAACACGUAUAUAAACAACGAAAAGUCUCACGUGCUAGAACCCAGUGGCCUAAAUGAAAUGAUCGUUCCACCCCUGCCAACAAGACGGUCGAGUUUAAGUCUUGAGUCACUGAGAUCAAAGUCAGAAGAGGACAUGGAAACUCCAGAAGACCUCACACCAAGUGAACCCCCUUCAGCAAAUUUAGAUCGUAAAGCAUCUAAUAAAUCUAAUAAACUCGGUAGAAGUAAAACGCUGCCCGGUAAAAAAUCAAGAAAUAGUGGGGGUCAAGGAAAAAAGGUUGAUGAAAAGAAGGUAGUUGACGGUUCUAACGGUAAUAUAUAA